AUGUACCAUCUGGCCAAGUCAUUAUAUCUCUAUGCCACCAGCAAAGAAGAGUACUCCGUUCUCCUUCUGGGCCUAGAUAACGCCGGCAAGACAACGCUUCUCUCUCAAAUCAAGGCCCUCUAUCAACCACGUCCCGAUGGCGCCCCUACGCCUAACCCAGGCAAAACCGUGCCUACCGUCGGUCAGAACCUUGCAAAUAUCUCGCUACCGGAUAUGUACUUGAAGAUCUGGGAUGUUGGGGGUCAAAUCUCGAUGCGAGGGCUAUGGCAGAGCUAUUACGCCAGCUGCCAUGCGAUUAUAUUCGUCGUUGAUAGUGCCGACGUGGGCCAGGAUCCGGAUAUCACCCGUCUGUCAUCUGGUCGACGGGCUAGCUCUGCUUCGGGCCCGUCAGGAGGUGGUGAAGAUACCGUCCAGGCUUUCACUGAGCAGAUGGUGGGCAUCAAUGCGCCAAGCAGUGACUUUGGACGACUAGCAGAAUGCCGCCAAGUACUGGAAUCCGUACUGCAGCAUGCAGAGGUGGCCGGUGUACCGAUUUUAGUGCUUGCAAAUAAACAAGAUCGGGAGGACUGCGUGGAAGUCGUCCGCAUCAAAGAAGGCUUCGUGCGCAAGAUCUUCGAGGGCGAGAAAGGAGGCGGCAUUCGGGAUAGUCGCGUGCUACCAGUCAGUGCACUCAUAGGAACCGGAGUCCAAGAAGCUGUCGAGUGGGUACAAAGUCGAGUGAAGUGGAACAAGGAGGGAAGGCCUCCGGUCAUGAAAUGA